AUGCUUCCAUUAUAUCUAUUAACGGCAGCUAAAAACAAACCAAUUUUAAUAGAAUUAAAAACAGGAGAAACAUAUAAUGGAAACUUAACGAAUUGUGAUUCAUGGAUGAAUUUAACAUUACACGAUGUGAUACAAACUAAUAGCUCUGGAGAUAAAUUCGAAAAGUUAUCAACAAUAUAUAUAAAAGGAAUGCAUAUAAAAUAUUUGAGAAUACCUGAUCAAGUAAUGGAUUUUGUGAAAGAACAGCAAUUGCAAUAUCAUCAUAAUCAACAACACGGAGAUAGAGAUAACAGAAGAACGAAAAGGGGUAAUUAUCAAAGUCUGGGUGGUGGUGCUGGAGGCAGAGGAUAUAACCGUGAUGGUGGAAGGGAUAAUAGACGCGGUGGUAGAUACAAUAAUCAGAACAGCAAUAACAGUAAUAAUCAUAAUGGGAAUAACGGGAAUCGUCGAGGUCACCAAUAG